AUGACUCUUAACAACUUCACCAACCCACCCCCCUCUAUCCCCAAUGUCAUCCUCUCCUUUCCCCGCUUCCACGUCCUCCUCGUGACGCUCAACCGGCCCAAACAACUCAACGCCAUCCCGCGAGACAUGCACGGCCAACUCGACGCCCUCUGGAACUGGUACGACGCCGAGCCAACCCUCCGCUGCGCCGUAAUCACCGGCCGCGGACGAGCAUUCUCCGCAGGCGCCGACCUCAAAGAAUGGAACGAGAAGAACGAGCAAAACAUUGCCAGCGGCAACGACCGCAACGCAAGCUGGGCGGACAGCGGCUUCGGCGGCCUGAGCAACCGUCACGGGAAGAAGCCCAUCAUCGCUGCCAUCAACGGCCUCUGUCUCGGCGGCGCAAUGGAGAUGAUUCUCAACGUGGACAUGGUCAUCUCUGCCCCGGACGCCAAGUACGGUCUUCCCGAGGUGACGAGGGGGGUUAUCGCGGUCGCGGGUGCACUACCGAGGCUGAUGAGGAUUGUUGGGAGGCAGAGGGCGUCGGAGAUGGCGCUGCUGGGGAGGAUGCAUUCUGCGCAGCAGCUGCUGGAGUGGGGGAUCGUGAAUAAGAUUGUGAGGGCGAAGGGGGAGCAUGCGGUUGUGGAGGAGGCGCUGCGGUGGGCUACGGACGUGGCGUGCAAUUCUCCGGAUUCUGUGAUUGUGAGUAGGGAGGGUUUGUUGGGCGGGUGGGAGGCGGAGGAUCCGAGGGCGAGUACGAAGAGGAUUGAUGGGGGGAUUUAUAAAAGGAUGGAUGGGGGGGAGAAUAUGAAGGAGGGGGUGUUGAGCUUUGUGGAGAGGAGGAAGGCGGAGUGGAAGGAUAGUAAGCUGUGA